CUAAGUAAGAGCGUUCACACUCCGAUCAAGCUCGGCAAGGUUUCCAAUGAAGGUGAAUACUCUUAUUGGCCACGAGGCACAGCAGAUAUGGAGCUAUCAUUAAAGAACAUCUUCCUGUUGGUUACCAUCUUUCCAACGCUUAUUUAUGCCUAUCCUAAUGGAAAAGUGGAAGCCGCCUGCUCAACAAUGAUUCCUGGUCACCCUCACUCAGCUCAAACCAGUUUUGCUCCAUAUAGCCUGACCUUAACAAGUACCAACUAUACUGGAAUGCUAGUAUUCUUAGUUACUCUCAGCAAAGAACAAACUGGGUCGGACUUCAAAGGUUUCAUGAUUCAGGCCCGUGCUCCUAGGGGUGACACCAGCCUAGGCACGUUUGUGGUUAAUAGCUCGGAUAUACAAACCCUUACAUGCACCUCCUCUCAAAGUGCAGUGAGUCACACAUCAAGAAACUUAAAAUCCAGUGUACAGGCGAUCUGGAUACCCCCAAAAGCAAAAAGUGAUAUACAGUUCAGAGCCACUGUGGUAACUUCAUUUGACACAUUUUGGACGAAUGUGCUUAGUGACAUCUUACCUCUGGAUUCUGCAGGCUCCCAGCUUAUGAUUCCUACAGUGUUCCAGCUUCUGGUCUGCAGCUCCACUCUAAUAUAUGCGCUGCUUCUCAAGUGAAGACUGAAAAACAGAAGUUAACUGGAUAUUGCUUUGAUUUUAGUCCAUGACAAUGUUUAUAUAGCUUACUUGUGUAGCUAAACGUAUUACCUAAUUGCAGUGCUCCUUAAAGUGGACCUUCAGUCAUUGUUUCAACUUUCCAUCUAUUAAAUCUUCUGCCCUUGUUGUUUUAA